AUGGCGCUUUCAGCCUUGCGCGUACUUAUCGCAGCCCUCUUAAUAGUACUUUCAACAGCCUUCCUCCGACUUCUCUACAUUAUCCCCUCAACUUCGCGCCGGCGACCCAAUGUCCGCAAAACAUCCCCCUCGCACAUGGUCAUGGUCCUUGGCUCCGGCGGCCACACAGCAGAAAUGAUGUCCCUCCUCCGCGACACAGAUCCACGCCGGUACACCCACCGAACCUACAUCAUAUCAUCUGGUGACAGCUUCUCUGCCAGAAAAGCUCUUGAUAUUGAGCGAUUAAUCCAGUCCAAACAAAGAAGAGGACAAGAGCCAACGCAAGCAGGAGAGACAGAUUGUAUGACUGGAACUUGGGAUGUCAAGAUCGUACCUCGAGCGCGCAAGAUUCAUCAGCCGCUUUGGACCGCUCCAUUUUCUUCGCUGUGGUGCUUCGUUGGAUGUUUGAAAGCUUUACGCACCACGGCACAAACUUCAAAAGUGGCACCUGGCCAUUAUCCGGAUGUGAUCAUUACGAAUGGACCCGCUACGGCUGUAAUGGUCAUACUUGCUGCAUUGUCUCUGAAAUUCUUUGCCGUGGCGCCGACAUCGAAGAUGAAAAUUAUUUACGUAGAGAGCUGGGCGAGAGUUAAGACUUUGAGCUUGAGUGGAAAGGUUCUUCUGAAGAUGGGAAUUUGUGAUAGAUUCUUGGUGCAAUGGGAGACUCUGGCGAAGACUAUCAAUGGGAACGGAGCUAGGAAGAAGGUCGAGUGGGUAGGAUUUCUCGUUGAAUGA